GAGAGAGAUAGAGAGAGAGAGAGAGAGGGCGUGAGGAAGAGAGAGAAGCGGCAGCGCAUCGGCAAUACUCUCAUCCAGAUCUGCGGAGUCUCCCUCACUUAAAUCUCUCUUUACCUAAAUUAUUUACCCAAAAUUUGAUGAAAUUUCGACCCUGAUCGCACGCCGAUGCUGAUUUCGCAUUAGGUCAUAACUGGUAUCGGACUGUACAGAUUCAAAACUUGUCUCGUACUCUCUGAUUCUUUGCGUUUCUUUUUUUCUUUUUUUGUUUCGGAUGGAGGGCGAUUGGUUGUUGCAAAUAAAUGACGAUGGAGAAGGGGAAUUUUCGCACCAUCAAAUGGUUAGAUCAUCGCCACACCCGAGAUCGGCUCCGAUUGCAUCUCCACAGUCCGCCGCCUUGGCCGGAGGAGUUAAUGGAGGGGUGAAUUGCAUAAUACACACUGUCUCCAAAUUCGACACGCUCGCCGGCGUCGCCAUCAAAUACGGCGUCGAGGUGGCAGACAUAAAGAGGCUAAAUGGGUUGGUGACAGAUCUCCAAAUGUUUGCACUCAAGACACUUCAAAUACCAUUGCCAGGGAGGCACCCCCCUUCCCCCAACUUGUGCAAUAGUCAAGAUACUCCUCCCCGGCCAAGCAGCUCUCAGCAGACCCCAUCCAGCCGUAGGCACUCUGAUUUAUUUGAUUCAUUUCCAUCAUUGAGAUUAAAAUCUUCUUCAGAACAAAAAGUAUCUCCAGCCAUGACCAGCUUGCGAGGUUAUUAUGGUCUUAGACCAGAAGACAGAAAAAGUACAGCAGAAGGUUGUGAAAUGGCUGUGUUCUGGAAAGGGGGAUCUCAUUAUCUAGAGGAUGGGCCAUUUGCCAAAUCAUCACCUGUUUCUAACCCGCCACUGAGUCAGCAUAGAAAAUCAAAAAGUGUAGCUUUACUGUCAGAGAAUGAUGAUCUCAUGGAUCAGGUUUCAUUGCAAGAAGCUGAGAGCAGCGAUUCAGAUAAAUGGAUUGAGAAGUUGGUGAGACGGCGUCAAAAAUCUGAAGCUGAUUUUACUGCCCGGACCCCAGAAAAACUUCUGAAGGAGGAUAACACUAAUAGCAGCGCAAUUUCAGCAAUUACAGGCAAAAACUUGGCACUUAGGCCCAAGUCAGCCAACCGAACUGUCUCAGGAGGAGUUGAUGGUGAAGCAGGAGUACUGAACCCAAUUCCCAUUGGUCUGGGGGAUUCUUUCAUAACCGACAUUGUUGGUGGAGUACGAAAAUCAUCAAGUACAUCAUGUUUGCAGGAUCCUGACAAUGGGACAUUGUCCUCUUUAUGGCCCACAUCAAGGUGGAGUUUGAAGCCGGAUUUUCAGGCUCUUUCUACUGCAGCCAUUACGAGACCUAUCUUCGAUGGCCUCCCUAAGCCUAUGACUCGAAGAAACAAAGCAGCACUUGAUUAGUUUCAUAUUUUAUUGUUUCGUUCUUGAACUUUACAGGACUCAGUUCUGUGAGAAAUAGCAGACAAGGAUCGGAGUAAACAAAGAAACAAGCAUUUACAAAGAUCGGAUAGCUCUUUAUUAUAGUUUUUGGCCGAACGAUACUCACUCUCAACUUUGUGAGAGUUGAAGCUAAUUCCUACCGAGUCGAUGACUUGGGGAAUGAUAAGCUUGGAGUUUAUUCUUUUUAUGCUCUUUAGGGAAUUGACAGACAUGUAUAUGCAUCAUGCGAUCUUGAUAGGAAAUGUAUAUUAGAUUCGCUCGUCUGUUCAUUUUGGUGACAAGGGUAAAGGGGUAUUUGUUAUACAUGUAUUUUAUAUAUAUCCAACAUAUAUUCUUUUUGCGCUAU